CUCCUCCUCCACCCCCCACCACGCUCAGGCCCCCCUCCCUCCCCGCCACCACCGUCCGCGUUUGGCCGGCCGUGGGGAAGGAAGAAAGGAGCCAAGGAGGCGAGUUCACUCCCUCUGUGUGUCUGUCUCCCUGUCUCCCCGGCCCCCAAACCGCCACUGCUCUUCUGAUCUCUGCGCUUGCACUAUCUCUGCCUCUGGUUCUCCAAGUCUCUUUGUUUCCUCUUCUCUGUGUCUCUGUCUCUCUGCUGGGUGUUCCUCACUCUCCUCUGUCUCUUCUAUGCUCUGCCUUUCACCAUCCUGUCUUUCUGCGACUCCUGGUCUCUGUCUGUCCAUCCCCACUUCUCCGUGUCUCCCAUCUCUGCCUUCUCCUGUCUCUAUUCCCUGCUCUGUCGCUCUGUCUCUGAUCUCUCUCCUCCUGUCUCUCCAUCUCUGGCCUCCCCUCGGUGUCUCUCAUCUUUGUCUGUCUCAUAUCUCUCUCCUGGCUAAAUACCUGACCCUCUCUGCCUCUCCAUCUCUGUCUCUGCUUCUCUUUCUGCCACACCCCACGCACCUCUUUUUACCUCUGCCCCGCUUCCCAUCUCUCCCCUCUCUCCCCACAGGCAUGGAUCCGCAGCCUCCUCCACCCGCCCAGGGCAGCCCACCUCACCGUGGCCGAGGCCGGGGCCGUGGCCGAGGCCGUGGUCGAGGCCGUGGCCGUGGCAGGGGGGGCGCUGGAGCCCCUAGGGCGCCCCUGCCCUGCCCCACCUGCGGCCGCCUCUUCCGUUUCCCCUACUACCUCUCCCGGCACCGGCUGAGCCACUCGGGGCUCCGGCCCCACGCCUGCCCGCUGUGCCCCAAGGCCUUCCGCCGGCCGGCCCACCUUUCCCGCCACCUGCGCGGCCACGGGCCCCAGCCCCCGCUGCGCUGCGCCGCCUGCCCCCGCACCUUCCCAGAACCGGCCCAGCUCAGGCGCCACCUGGCUCAGGAGCACGCGGGCGGCGAGGUCGAGCUGGCCAUCGAGAGGGUGGCCAAGGAGACGGCCGAGCCCAGCUGGGGCCCGCAGGACGAGGGCUCGGAGCCGCCCACCACCGCUGCAGCGGGGGCCACGGAGGAGGAGGCGGUCGCAGCGUGGCCUGAGACGUGGCCUGCGGGGGAGCCUUCCACGCUGGCUGCGCCCACCAGCGCCGCGGAGCCCCGGGAGUCGGAGUCGGAGGAGGCCGAGGCCGGGGCAGCAGAGCUGAGGGCCGAGCUGGCGCUGGCGGCCGGGCGGCAGGAGGAGAAACAGGUCCUGCUCCAGGCAGACUGGACGCUGCUGUGCCUGCGCUGCCGCGAAGCCUUCGCCACCAAGGGCGAGCUUAAGGCGCACCCGUGUCUGCGCCCCGAGGGCGAACAGGAAGGGGAAGGGGGGCCCCCGCCACGCCCCAAGCGACACCAGUGCUCCAUCUGCCUCAAGGCCUUCGCCAGGCCCUGGUCCCUGUCGCGCCACCGGCUGGUCCACUCCACCGACCGCCCUUUCGUGUGCCCAGACUGCGGCCUGGCCUUCCGCCUCGCCUCCUACCUCCGCCAGCACCGCCGCGUCCACGGCCCCCUCAGCCUGCUGGCCCCGCUGCCCGCGGCGGGCAAGAAGGACGACAAGGCCUCGGGUGCACGGAACUCAGCCAAGGGGCCGGAGGGGGGCGAGGGGGCGGAGUGCGGGGGUGCCUCGGAAGGGGGAGAAGGCGGGCAGAACGGAGGCGACGCUGCCCCGGCUCGGCCCCCCGCCGGGGAGCCCCGCUUCUGGUGCCCAGAGUGCGGCAAAGGUUUCAGGCGCCGGGCGCACCUGCGGCAGCACGGGGUGACCCACUCGGGAGCGCGCCCCUUCCAGUGCGUGCGCUGCCAGCGGGAGUUCAAGCGCCUGGCCGACCUGGCGCGCCACGCACAGGUGCACGCGGGGGGCCCAGCCCCGCACCCGUGCCCGCGCUGCCCGCGCCGCUUCUCGCGCGCCUACAGCCUCCUGCGCCACCAGCGCUGCCACCGCGCAGAGCUGGAGAGGGCCGCCGCGCUGCAGGCACUGCAGGCCCAGGCCCCGACGUCGCCGCCACCGCCCCCGCCGCCCCUGAAGGCCGAACAGGAGGAAGAAGGGCUCCCGCUGCCCCUCGCAAACAUUAAGGAAGAGCCGCCCUCUCCGGGGACCCCACCCCAGUCCCCGCCGGCUCCCCCUGUCUUCCUCAGCGCCUCCUGUUUCGACAGCCAAGACCACUCAGCCUUCGAGAUGGAGGAGGAAGAGGCAGGACGACUUGGAAAAAAAGGCGGCGGACAGUUGGCCAGAGGGAUGGAGACUGGUGGGGACGCCCCCGCCUGCCUGUCCCCCGUUUCACACACUGGACACCAUCACCUCUUUGGAACUGCCAGACCCUGGGGGUCCCCAGUGAGCAAAGGUCUGUCCUUGUCCCUUUGUCUGUCUGUGAAUAAAUGUGAGUUCGUGAAAUCCAAGAGAGCGAGGUGUUCUGUGGAGGUGGGGCAGGCCGGGGGCGCUGGGGCGAGUCAGGAUUUGUCCAGCCAACUCUGAACUUGGGUUCAGAGCAGGAAGGACACAGAUACAUCAGAAAAUAUGUGGCCCUCAACCAAGCAAGAAGCCGGUGAAGGCUGGGUUGAGAAGAAACAGGAAUGUGAGAAGAUAGAUCAUCGUCACCGCUGCCCUGUGGAAGCUCCGCGCCUUACUCAGUCAAUCUCUACCACACCCUUACUCUGUGUCAGCGGUGGUGCUAGGCACUGAGGAGGAGUCCAAUACCUUCCUCUGAAAGAGCUGGAAUUCUAGCCCUGCGUUGUCCAACAUAACUUUUUUUUUUCUCAGAAAAGUUUCCAUAACCUUUCUUCCCUCACUCUGUUGCCCAAGCUGCAGUGCCGUGGUGCAGUCAUAGCUCACUGCAGUCUCAAACUCCCAGACCCAAGCAAUCCUCUUGCCUCAGCCUCUCAAGGAGCUAGGACUACAGGUGCAUGCCACCACACCCAGCUGAUUGUUUCAUUUCUUGCAGAGACAGAGUCUUGCUAUAUUGCCCAGUCUGGGAGAACUUUUUGUGAUGAUGGGAUAUUCUACAUCUUCACUGUCCAAUAUGAUAUCCAGCAGACACACGUGGCUAUUUCCGUUUA